AUGAUGGGACGAAAUCAAACCAGCAUCUCAGAGUUCCUGCUCCUGGGCCUGCCCAUCCAGCCAGAGCAGCAAAACCUGUUCUAUGCCCUGUUCUUGGCCAUGUAUCUUACCACCCUCCUGGGGAACUUCCUCAUCAUUGUCCUCACUCAACUGGACUCCCAUCUCCACACGCCUAUGUAUUUGUUUCUCAGCAACUUGUCCUUCUCUGACCUCUGCUUUUCCUCGGUCACAAUGCCCAAAUUGCUGCAGAACAUGCAGAACCACGACCCAUCAUCCAUCCCCUAUGCAGACUGCCUGACCCAAAUGUACUUCUUCUUGUAUUUUUCAGAUCUAGAAAGCUUCCUCCUUGUGGCCAUGGCCUAUGACCGCUAUGUGGCCAUCUGCUUCCCCCUGCACUACACCGCCAUCAUGAACCCCAUGCUCUGUCUCUCCCUGGUGGCGCUGUCCUGGGUACUGACCACCUUCCAUGCCACGUUACACACUUUACUCAUGGCCAGGUUGUGUUUUUGUGCAGACAAUGUGAUCCCCCACUUUUUCUGUGAUAUGUCUGCUCUGCUGAAGCUGGCCUGUUCUGACACUCGAGUUAAUGAAUUGGUGAUAUUUAUCAUGGGAGGGCUGAUUCUUGUCAUCCCAUUCCUACUCAUCCUUGGGUCCUAUGCACGGAUUGUCUCCUCCAUCCUCAAGGUCCCUUCGUCUAAGGGUAUCUGCAAGGCCUUCUCUACUUGUGGCUCCCACCUCUCUGUGGUGUCACUGUUCUAUGGGACCGUUAUUGGUCUCUACUUAUGCCCAUCAGCUAAUAGUUCUACUCUAAAGGAGACUGUCAUGGCUAUGAUGUACACUGUGGUGACCCCCAUGCUGAACCCCUUCAUCUACAGCCUGAGGAACAGAGACAUGAAGGGAGCCCUGGAAAGGGUCAUUUGUAAAAGGCAAAAUCCCUUCCUUCUAUGA